AUGACCAAACGCCCACACCUCCCAGAGUACCGCAACGCGCUGUUGGAGGAGGAUCGCGCCCCAUUGCACGAGAAUCUGGUCGAAAGACGAUGCUUGGGACAGACCGAGUUGAAGGUCAAGCCUGGUCAGGUGGGCACGUCCAAUGCGACCAAGCUGGAAAAUCUGGGCGUGCUCGACUACGCGCAUUUGCGCGUUCCACUCCCCAAAGACUUGUCAGGCAGUGGCAUCUUCGCGAGAGGAUCUAACCGCAAGUGGCCCGAGGCAUACUUCCUGAUGCGACGUUCGAGCGAUGGCUUCAUCAGUGCAACGGGCAUGUUCAAGGCGGCCUUUCCAUACGCGCAGCAGGAAGACGAAGUGAGGGAAAAAGAGUAUGUCAAGACGCUCCCAGCUGCAUCGAGCGAAGAGGUCGCGGGUAACGUCUGGAUCGACCCUCACCAAGCUCUCGAAUUAGCCGAAGAAUACGGCAUCAAACUAUGGAUCGCUGCGCUGCUCGACCCAGAACCGAUCACCCACGGCAUUAGCGAUCCCAAGAAAGGCAUCAAGUCACCUCCUGCAUUCCACAUCAAGGAAACGGUCAAGGGAAUCGGCCGUACUCCAGACGAUAAGGGUCGCCGAUCAACCCGAGGCGUGCGAAGCAUGCGAUCAGAGUCCCCGACAAAGGGGAAAACCCCACGCAAAAUGGCAACUCCCAGAAAGACGCGCAAGCCGCGUGGUGGCCUUACCAACCUCGAUGAGACGGCAUCGAUCGCAGAGGAGUCGGUGGCGGAAGGGGACGUCGAUCAUGCAAAGGUUGUGGUUGAGACAACGACUGUGCCGGGCGUGAACGGAGAGGCGGACACGGAGACGACCAAGGCGACAAUCACCAUGCCAAAUGGGAACCCAGCUUUGGAACUACCAAGCGAUGCACAGGCGAUGCWUGCGCAAGCACGCGCAAUGGUGAAGGAAGCACAGAAGCUCGACGCUACUCAGAGCAGCAAGGGGAAGCGGAAGGCGGAUGAGCUUGAAGAGGACGAUAUUCUCGAAGCAGAGAGCUCCCUACGGCCAGCCAAGAGAGUCCGACAGGAGGUUGAGCUCAGGAAGGAGAAGAUUAUGCGAAGGGCUGCGACAGGCAUAGUAGCCAGUCUAGCGCUUGGCGCACUGAUACCGAGCAUCAUCGCCGCGUUCCCGUGGUAA